AUGUUACCGGCGCGCCGGCUUCGCGCAAUUUUGGCCAGGGGGUUGCAUGGGGUACCUGGGGUGCGUUCCCCGGUACUGGAACCAGGAACUGAUUUGCAUGAUUAUCUUCUUAAAACAUACAUGCAGGAAACCAAGGUAAACGAGGAAUUGACUGACUUCUUUGUAUCAGUAUCUUUUCUUGGGAUUGCUUCACAUGAAGAUUGGUUAAGGCUAAAGAAGAUUUUUUUUGAUCACAUUUCCAGUCUCUCAUGUCGAACCGUUAAUAGAAUAUUCGCUUUACUUGUUGAGAACAAUGCCUGUGGACGUUUAGAGUGUGUUAGGAUACAGAAUUUAUUGGCCAAACUUGACUUUUCAAAUUCUUUGAGAUAUCAUGAAUGUUUAGAAACUCUUCGUAAUAUUACUAACAUUGGUUCACGUCUCUCACCAGAGUUUAUUCCUAAAUUUUUGGAAAUUGUUCCAAAGUUAGUAAAAGAUUCUCAAACUGAAGCACUACCUACUUUAUCUUACGUUCUCGGAAAGAUUUUAACUUCUAAUGAAAAUAAGAGUAUACCUUCUGAAGUUCGGUAUUCAAUUUUAAAUGCUUUGUUUAAGAGGGUGGAAUCAAUUGAUUGUAUGCUUCUUUCUCAGAGCGAAGUUGUUUAUCUUGUAUGGUCAUUAUCUGCUUUUUGUUCUUCAAUUGUAGAAAUACGACCAAUGUUCGUGAGUGUUUCAGAAAUUCUUAUUAUGCGGGGAAUUCACAUUAAUGAAAUAAAAGAGGCUAACCCACGAGAUCUUCUGUUGAUCAUUUCUUCUUUAUGUCCUUUGAUUUCUCUUUCUGGAGUAAAAAAUCUGCUUCUACCCACUAAGGAGGAUGGAUUGAUUUUGCCAGUUACAACUGAAAUUUUUGAUAGUGAUGUUAUAUCAAAACCUUUUCUUAGAGAAUUGGUAAUUAAACUUGACGCAGUUCUAUCCAUCUUUCUUCAAAGGAUUUCCUAUGGGGAAAUACAAAAUAAUAUAUCUCUUCUUGUUGUUCUUGAGAUGAUUACAUCCUCUGGAGCAACAAAAUUGCUAAAAAAUGCCCAGGUUCUUCUUCAUCUGCUUAUUCGAAAUUUUUUAUAUGAGGGAUAUGAUGUAUGGUUCAGUAUUCCAAGAAAGUGUACUGUUACCUCUGAAGGAGAUCUUCAACAACCCCUGAUAAACUUUUUUGCUUUUGAUAAGGAAAUUGGGUUUUUGGAUCUUAUUACUACCCGUUUAAGCGUAUCUAUCUUACCUUCUUUGUCAUUACGUGGACUUGGAAAAGCUUCUAUCCAAGAGGUGAUUGCAGUGCUUGAAGCAUUAGUCUACGGUAAUAUUUCCGAGUUAAUGAAAAAACUAUAUUUAGAGGCGUGUAUAGUUAAAUUACCUCGUUUUAUACGUAGUACGUUACAGCAUGAUUUGUCUCGUAUUGUGGAUGCAGUGGUAAAGCUUGGUAUAGAUGAUCCUGCAAUAAAUCGUACAAUUCAAGACAGAAGUCAAGAGUUAGGUUUGAAAUAUCAAAUGAUUUCUAAUGAGAGAGUAAAUAAGAAUGAAGGAGUGCAUGAACAUUUAAAAAGUUACUGGGGAGCUGAUGUCAUAACCCUCUGUGUCUGUGAGAAGGCCUUGAAUUUCUUGGGGAAAAAUAAGAACUCGAAAAAUGAACUCCCAGAACUGUUAAAAAUUCUAAAUGUUCAAAAAGGUAUUAAUAGUGCAAAUGAAACACAUUGCAUUUCCAUUAUUAGGUCACUUUCUAAGUGUCAUCUACCAUUUAGAGAGGAUGAUUUAUAUCGUACACUGGUAAAAUCUCUUUUUUCUCGAGUAGGAAUGAUAAACCCGUUGCACGUGAUGUUAUCAUUAAUUCUGGAUGGAAUAAGAAUUGGAAUUUCCCGUGACGUAUUAUUAGACUCUCUUUAUUGGGUUGGCUCCAAACUGGCAGAGAAGGAUCUUCUAACUAUAGAACCAAUAGAUGUGGCAAACUAUUUCAUUGUUGCACAUGAACUGGACGUUUUGAAUACUGUUGUACAUCCAUGUUUCAUUGCUGUUCUUCGACAGGAAAAUGCAUUAAAUUCAUUUUCUUCUCAUAUAGCAGGUCGUCUUUUUGCUGCUUUGUGCUCUUUUGGAAUAGAUGAUAAAGAACUUCUUGAAAAACUACUAAAACAAGUUAUGCCGUGGUCUUUACAGGUUACAACACAAGUAGAAUGGUUAGAAAAGGACUGGAAGACAGCUUUAACAUUAGUUCAUGCACUUUGGUCAUUAUCCUCAGAGAUUGUGAGAGAACCAUUGUUGGUAAUUGCAAGGAUAUUGGUUCCAGUGAUGUUGCAGCAGAACAUCAAUGACAAAACUCAGAAAUAUUCCCUCUUUGUUGCUAUGACAGCAUCUACUCUAUUAAUUAUUGAUGACCCUAGUAGUAUUUCAAAGGAAGUUGUUCCCAAAAACUCUCAGAUAAAGAUACUUGAGGAUUUUCUUACGCUGCUGGUCUCCCUUUUUUCAGAAGAUGGGAUGAGUCUUUCUUUAGUUCGUACAAGUGCACUCCUUAACUCUGAAACCAUGUUUUCUAUUGUUCCAAGAGAAUGUAGCAAUAUUAUUUGUUUCCUUGUUAUCGCUCAUACUGUUCAACGCCUAGCUCAGACUGAAAAUGGUUUAUCAAAGAGAUUUACUCCACUUGGGGUGAGUUUGUGGCGCUAUUCUUUAAAAUAUAUUGAAAAGACACCAAUAGCAGAUGAUGUGUUGAUGACUGCAGUUGGGUUUUCAAUUAGAUUUGGUGCAAGUAGUCAAGCAUUUGAUCGAUUUAUGUCAACCAUAAUGGAAAAGGAUAUUGUAGUAAGUAUGUUGACAGUAUGCUCUGUUGCUUAUGGAUUAGUCCGAACGGGUAAGCGACGCUCUGUAGCGACGCAAUUUGUCGCAUAUUUUUCUCAGAGAAAUUGCUUAGACGACCUACCUGCUACCGCAUUACUUUAUUUGUUAUUAUUUUUUACACGAGACGCAGAGCAGGUGGCGCUCGGACUUACGCGGAGUGAUAUGCUGGUAGCUCUUGUCUGGUCAUCACUUAGUUUAAAAAUAGAUCGACUUCCUUGUACCAAGGAACUGUGGAAACUGAUAGAUUCCGUUCCUCUGGUAUCAGCACCAUCCUUGUUACGUUUGAUCAAUGAAAAGGGAUUGAUAGAUAAAUCAUCUGAAAUGGAACUCCUUAAACCCAUAUCUUCUUUACUGGCGUGGGAACCAAAUGCAGCGUGCGGUGAUGCUGUCACAGAUUUUUUGCGUAAGGUCAAAAUAUCUCUUGAAAAUCGUCUAGGUGAUGAAACGGCUCUCAAAACAAACGCAAGAGAGAUUCAGAAGAUGAUUUCAGAUCGAAUUCAUUAA